AGUCCGAACUGGGGGUGUGCGUAUUGUGUGUUGUGCCUUUCUUUCAGGCUACCUAUAGAUCUUCUCUAUAUUUCCAAGUUGGAAAUAAGAAAAGCAGUCACGAAUAAAGUACACUCUUUCUAUCGCGUUGUAGUACCUGCCUUUCACUACUAAAAAGAACCGAUCGUACCUCCAGCAUGCUCCAAGCAACAUAGCGUAUAGAGAAUGAAACCAUUUGUGGCCCACGCCGCGCUCGACUGGGCGUCUUUUUCUGUGGGACAAAAGCAAAACUAGUAGAGACAUCAGUGGAGAAUGGCGGGACCUACCUAGGAGCAGGUGCGCCGAGCUCCCUAUUGAUAUAGCGGUAACUUCGUCGGUAGAACCCUUCAUCGCGCACGCAGGGGCAAAAACGACCUGCAGCGCAGCAACGAGAAUGGCCGUCACCGCGUCUCCCCAUCCCUCCGUGGAUCCCCGGAAACUGAUCGAGGCCGUUGCCGACGUCCUGAGUGCCGCGCAAAUCGAUGCCGGAGCGCAACUGCGGGCGCAGCGGCACCAAGUAGCGAAGGCGUUGCAGCAACAACAGGAUGAGCAUAAGUUUCAGGUAGAGCACUUACUACUUAGAUACUUCUCCCGAGAAGUAAGUAGAUGAAUCGGAAUCUGCAUGACAGAUGUUCAUUUUGCAUGCGAAUACUGCCUAGAGAAAAUUAUCCAUAUUUUUCGGAAAAAUCAUUCAGACCUGGGUCGACGCUGUCCGCUGCCUUCAGUCGAUAUCUACAGCGUAUUUAAACGAAGUGGACGACGAAGAUGUAUCACAGGAAAAAGUUUUAACGUUAACGGAAUUUGUGAUGCAGUAAUGCAUCCCAAAACUGCCCAGAUUCGUCAUGCAUAUUAUGCAUGCCAGGCAAAAUUUGUCAUGCAUAUGUACAAUCUAUGAAAGCCGUGAACGUUAGCACUUUUUUGUCUGAUAAGAUGGGGCUUUCUCCUACGGUGGUGGGGGCGGUGGUGCUUCUGGCUCCUGGGUCACCGAUAUGCAUUGCAAAACAAGUAUCGUACUACGUAGUAAUUGCAUGUUGACAAAUUGUCUCAGCAUGACAAAUGAAAUUUCUCAUGCUGACGAUAUGUCAUCCGUGAUUGAUGCAAUGACUAUGGCUACGAUCGUAUUUUACCGAUGGAUAACCAAGAUGGAGCGCAGGAAGUUGCCCGGGACCCGGGAUCCUUUGGGAGGGAACCGGCUGAACGCCAGAGAUAAUUUGAGCACGAAGGUACAGAAAUACGGUGUAUGACAUAGCAACAGUAAAAAGUUGACGUUUGUCAUGCGUGAUUCCCAACGAGGACGCUUUAAGAAAAAAGCUUCAAGUCGUGCAAAUCUGGCAUCACAAAUGAUCUAUCAGGUCCACCACCUGCUUGCCAACUUGCAAGACCGGGAGAAGCAGUCCUCCGCCCCGAUUUCUGAGGAGGAGCUCCACAACGAGAUCGACUCUAUCCUGACCCGCGACCGUUCCUGGACCAUGGAGUCUGCGGUGUCAAAUUUCCCGUGGACCAGUUCCAAUGAUUCAGAAGUGAAUUCUGAUCUUCAGCUGGAGCAGAAUAGGAGGGAGCACGAAACGCAUCAACUACAAGAUUCAUCACAUCCAGCCUCUACUUCAAACGGCAUCCACGACGAGCUCGACGACGUCAUCGGCGUGCAUUACCCACCACAGAGCUGCGAGGUUUCUGUGUCCGAGACAAACCGACAGGAAUCUAUUGCGGGAACCGCGAUUUACAAACCCGGUGGAACAGGAGUGUCGAAUACUGGUACAAGUAAGCUGCAACAGUUGACCGGAACCUCCCAGGCCUGCAGUUCGACUGGGACGCCGACGUAUCCUGUGCAAAAGUAUCGUACUCGUAUAAAUGCAAGUCUUGCAUUACAAAUCUUGUUGCCAAGGCAAAUCAGCAUGACAAAUUCCAUUUCUCUUGCUGAGGAAAUUUGUAAUGCAUUUAUACGAGUGCGAUACUUUUGCAAUUCAUACGAAGACAGCAGCUAGUAAUUUCCGGAAAGUCUACAUCAAGCACCGGCCCGCGGUCGAUCACGUCUCCAAUGCGUACCAAAGUCGGAAACGACCCUCGUCGGAGGUGUCGUUCGCCACGAAAGAGUAUCCACCUGUGGUGCAAAAGUAUCGUAGUUGGAUGCCUGACAAAUCUAAUUUUGUACCUUACCUAGCAUGAGGACAAAUUGCGCUUUUCAUCUAAUGAAAAAUUUGUAUUGAUUUUGCAGUUCAGCUUCAGACUAGCGCGAUACUUUUGCAAUGUAUAAGGAGGAUGAGUACCACGAUGAUGAUGACCCGGGAUACCGGAUUCGGGAGAUCAGCGAAGAAGAACUUAUGGAAGAAUUGAGAAAUUCCGAGCCCUUUCAACGGCUUCCCGGAGAAGCGGUAACUUUGAAUGUUGAAUUCAGCAUUUGCUGUUGAUGGUGAACGAACUACACGAAGGUGCUUUAUUUACUGCAUGAUAAGAAGUAGCUGAAAAUCUUCUGCUGCUAAUCCGCGUUGUCGCUGUGCAUGACAAAAAAAUCUGUUGUAAAUGUAACAAAAACACGAUAAAAUAAAACCCAGGCCACGCCGCCGCCCCUCACGACGAGUUCCUGUGCCAGCUUGCUACAGAACGAACAAGAGGCGGACCUGUUUCUACUUGGUACAACAACAGCUGCAGGCACAACAACAGCUGCCGGUGGAGCUGCUCCUCCAGCAGACCUGUCCACCUGGACUACAACAGCAGGCGCCGCGAUAUGGCGUUCUCAACUGUUACAUUCUCAAGUGUUACAUGGAUUUGUCAUGCAAGAAUGGGAAAAGUGAAAGGAGGGAGGCUGCAUCUGUAGCAUUACAAAUUCCGAACAGAUUUGGGCGCUGUUUAGCCAUUCGCAAAUUUGUCAUGCGAAGCAGCUUGAUAGUGUGGAUCUUGAUGAUCAUUUUGCAUGACAAAUCAUGUAACAGUUGAGAAUGUAACGUUUGAGAACGCCAUACGCGACCAGCACCCAAAACCGCGACCCCCGUGUCCGCGUGGUUCCCUGGGUGGAUAAGGUGAAGCUUAUGGAUUGCAGCGAAAGUAUCGUACUCGUAUAAAUGCAUUACAAAUUGUCUCCUCAGCAUGAGAAACAAAAUUUGUAAUGCGGAUUUACCUAUAGAAAAAGACUUGUAAUGCAUGACUGCAAUUACCACGAGCGCGAUACUUGCGCACAGGAUAAAACUUGCCUCAGAGCAGCUGCUAUUAGCGGGCAUGACAGCAGGAGCGAGCAGCACAGGUCUUCACGGACAACAUUUGGUAGCGGGCGACGGCACUGAAGUGGUUGACGACGGUAGCGGUGUGGUAGCUGGUACGCCACAGGAUCCAACACUUUUAAACCCAGACUCGUCCACGACAGCCGCCGCCGCUGGAACCGCGAGCAACACCAAUACCGCUCCCGCGACCUCCGACACCUCCGACCCUGCGGGCAACAUACAGCCAGCAGAAGGAGCUGCUGUCGCACCUUCGGGCGAAGCAGGAGCAUCAGCACCAGCAACAGCACCACCCUCCGCUACUACCCCGUUUAGUACAGGCGACGCUGGCGCAGCUGACCCGGCAAACCAAAACCGGAAAGCAAAGUCCGCAAGCAGGUUACUGAACAAGAAGAAACGGAGAAAAUUGCAGCAAUUCAUCCCGACAAUAAAGGACUACGACGGCAAAAUCGUGAAGUCUGAAGUCGAGGAAAAUCCAGAAAACGGCGAAAGUCUUACCGUUUUCACCAAGGAACUCACCCUGGAGCGGCAACGGAUCCGGUACCCGAGGAACAGUAAUCUUGUCGGAACGGCGAGUGGUGCUUCUGUCGGAGGGCUAGCGUCGCAUAGUGGAGGAGUAACAGCGAUGGUUACGAAAAACCCGAAUUUUUACCCCGUAGAGAUGAACGACACAAUCUUCGAUUCCUUCCAACUGCCCAUUGUGUUAUGAAUUGCAAAAGUAUCGUACUCGUAGUAAUUGCAGUUUAUGCAUUACAAAUCUUCAUCCCAAGGUAAAACUGCAUCACAAAUUCCAAUUGUCAUGCUGACGCUGAGCUAAUUUGUAAUGCAAUUACUACUAAUUAUGCGAUGCUUUUGCACAGGAUAUGUGUACGAGCGAGACAAGACCGGGUUUGAAGAGACGAAGGAAUUUAUCCCAAAGAAAAUCUUCACGCAUUACCAUUUUUGCGGCUCUCAAGUUGUAAUGCAGAAACGACUAUAAGAAGUUUUAAAUUUAAAGGUCCGACUUUUAUUGCGCAUAUUGUCACGCAUGACCACAGAGACAGCUUGAGAUGAGUCAUCAACAUCAUGGUGAUUUUCUCUAGGAUAGGACUGAAAGUCGAGAUGGGGCAGAUCAUUGCCGCCCGGUACCAGGUAUGAAAUGCAAAAAUGUCUGGAGGGUCUGGAAGAUUGCAAUUUGUGAUGCUGCAUUUGGAUUCCAAAAAAAUCUCUAUUGCAUGAGCAGCAAAGUGAGUGUUAUUUUUGCUACGGGAAAAGGGCAUUUGUCAUGCGGUGUAGGCAUCAAGAAGCCCUCAAAAAAUCUCUGAUGCUAGGACAUGCAUCACAGACAUCAUGGCACAUGCAAAACUUGCAUGACAAGUCUCAGAAUCUCCCAGACCCAGACACUUUUGCAAUGCAUACCAGGUCGUCGAGUACCUUGGACAAGCGGCGUUUUCCCGUGCGUUGCAGUGCCACGAUUUGUAUCCUGUGCAAAGGUAUCGUACUCGUAUAAAUGCAUUACAAAUUUCCCCAGCAUGAGAAAUAAAACUUGUCAUGCGGAUUUAGCUGAGGAAAAAAAUUUGUAAUGCAAGACUUGCAUUUUUACGAGUGCGAUGCUUUUGCAAUGCAUAAUCUGGAAACGAACCGCAUGGUGUGCUUGAAAAUCAUCAAGAACGACAAGGAUUUUUUCGACCAAUCUCUCGACGAGAUCAAAUUACUCUCCUUCAUCGGCUAUGAUUUGCAAAAGAAUUAUCGUGGCAGUAGUAACUAAUUGCAAUACAAGUUAGCUCAGCAUGACAAAUCCGGGUUUGUCAUGCUGAUUCAGUUUAGGAAGGAGAUUUGUGUAUGCAUAGCUGCAAUUACAACUAGGAGUGCGAUACUUUUGCACAGAAUAUCGGCCUCAACUGUGACGUGGACGACAUGAACCUGCUGCGACUCAUCGACUUUUUUUACUACAAGGUACUAUAAUGUAGAACUACGAAGUAUAAUGCGAAGUAGAUGAUCACGUGUUUCUGGUUUUCUUGUAUGUUUCAUCCCUCAAUGUGAAUUUUGCAGCUGAUAUGUGACGAGUAUAGUACGCAUCAAGAACAUUUGUUGCGACAGGAGCAGAGUUCAUCUUGCCACCUAUUUCUAGUACCAAUGGAUUUCCAUAUCAGAAAGUCAAGCCAAACGAUCAAAACAGGAACACCUCGUCUUGGUGACAGAGUUGCUGAAGGACAACUUAUACGAGUUUUCCAAGUUUAAUCGCGAACAGCAGCCCGGGGAACCUUACUUUACGAAAGCCAGACUGCAGAUCAUUUCCCGCGACAUCCUAAAGGCGUUGAAUUUCAUCCACGGACUAAAUCUUAUUCACUGUAGAAAGUUUGGAUGUUUUGGUUUGAUGUGCUUGUUGUGAUCCUCAUCCUUCUAGUAGUUCUUCGUUGCGACAUCCUUUCAUGUGCACAUACGUUCAUCGACGUCAGAACAAUAAAAUUGACGUGGCCGCUAAUCAUCUUCAAAAGCAACCACAGGUGAUUUAAAGCCGGAGAAUAUUCUGAUGAAGUCCUAUAGCCGGACGGAGGUAUCCUGUGCAAAAAUAAAUCGCGCUCGUAGUGGUCAUUGCAGUUGUAGUUUGGCAUGACAGAGACAGAUCUGCUUUCAUGCUACUUCAAUUUGCAUGACAGAUUUCGAUAUAAAUUGCUUCAAAAAAUAAUUUGCCAUGCACUUUCCACUACGAGGACGAUCAAAUUUUUGCAAUGCAUAGGAGGUGAAAGUAAUCGACUUUGGUUCCUCAUGCUUCAUCGAUGACCAUCUAUCGUCCUACGUGCAGUCAAGGAGUUACCGGGCACCGGAAGUGAUUUUGGGAUGCCAGUAUUUUUUUUCAUCAUGAUGUUGCAACAACUGAGGAAUGGUUUACAUUUAGCGCCUUAGGCUCUGCUACUAGUGCUGAGACCUGCUAUUUGAAUAAGUACGUGUAAGUAUCUAGCACUGGUGAUGGUAGUUUCUCAUCCUGCAUUUACGGAACAAAAUUUUAGCCUUCGUGCAUGUCGCAUGAAAAUAAAGCGAAAUUCACUUCAGGUACGACCAGAAGAUCGACAUUUGGUCCCUCGGUUGCAUUCUCGCGGAACUGUGGACGGGGUAUGUACUCUUCCAAAACGAUUCCGUGCAUAGCCUCCUUGCACGAGUGUUGGGCAUCAUCGGCCGGUUUCCGUUUUGGAUCAUGGCUAGCGGGAGGCAUGUGCCGCAAUUUUUCACCCAGGACGGGCGGUUGUAUCAGGAGAUUAAGAUCCAGGAUCCAGUAUGACAAGUGGAGAUGUUCUUUUACUCGCUGCAGCAAAAGGGUUACCAUUGCGACUUGGCAAUAGAUUCACGGGGCCAGUAUGGAGAGGACAGACGCAUUAUGUCACAUUUAUGCAUCGUAUUUUUAUUCCUAUUCCACAUGCACUUCUUGCAGAAGUUUGAAUUAUGUCACAGGAUAAAAACAGCCAAGUUUCGUGAAUCAUCUCUCUCGGCAUGACAAAGUCUUAUGCGCACCCCUUGUAGCUGCGAGUAGCAAAUAGUUUUUCUAUCCCACACAUCUCACUACCGGGAGGCGAGUUGAAAAAGCUCCAUCUGCUCGUCCCAAAGCGGACGACCUUGGGACACCGCCUUGCGUAUAGAUAGUUUUUUUGGAUUUGUUUUUUACACAACAAGGAAGUGGCGGUUUAUUAAUAUUUACAUUGCUCGACUUCCGGGUUCUGGUAACGCAUACCCCUGGCGACAGGUGACCUUGACAGGCGACCUCGACAGGCGACCUCGACAGGUGACCUCGACAGGUGACCUCAACAGGUGACCUCGACAGGUGACCUCGACAGGUGACCUCGACAGGUGACCUCGACAGGGGACCUUGACAGGUGACCGCGACAGGUGACCGCGACAGGUGAACGCCCUGCCUUCCCCCACCAGUGCUUCGCGCACUAAGCCACUAUGCGCGCGCCUGGUGUGAGGCGAGGGGCGGACGCUGUCCGCCCCGAUGCCGAACACCCUUCCCCCACUAGUGCUUCGCGCACUGAGCCACCAUGCGCGCGCCUGGUGUGAGGCGAGGGGCGGACGCUGUCCGCCCCGAUGCCGAACACCCUUCCCCCACUAGCGCCACUAGGGACGGGCACAAGGCCCCAGCGUGGGGACCCUGUCCCCACGCUCGGGUGGGCCUUGUUUGUCAUGCGGAAGUUGUUCCCAAUGCGGAGUUUCUUCUCAUGCGACUGGUGCGUGAUUGUGAUUGAAUUGCUUCCGGCUCGUCAAAAUCAAAAUUAUCAUUCUCACAGGUUAUCCGACGAGGACCCGUUUGUGGAUUUCCUAUCCUAGCGUGACAUCUGUUUUGUCAGCCAAGUCAAUGUCGUCAACAAGAAGAUUUGUAUUACAUCAGCUGUAGAGCUCUUAUUCAUUCUUGAUGCUCCACCUUACAAGAGCUGGACAUGGUAGUUGGGAAGCGGAUCUUCAUUCUCGCUAGUUUCUUUGCCACUAUAAAGAAGCAUACAUGGAAUAACAAUGGAACAAAAUAAGGGCGCUAGAAGUUGAAGUAGAUUUAUGCGUGGACACACCAGCUGCACUCCAGUAUCAGUAAGAACUCGAAGUAUUUCAUUCGCCCAAGAAACUUGAUGCACGACUUGGCUCCCCGUUUAUUUUUUCCAACCCAUACCCCAUCCGCCAGAUGCUGACCCUGGAUCCGACCAAGCGACCCAGUGCGGCGGAGCUGUUGCAACAUCCGUUUCUAACGGAGGUGAAUUACGUGGAGCAGCCGAUGCUUGCUACGGGAUCUACUUCGGAGGUGGCGUGAUGGGACAACAAAUUCAGCUGCGUAAUAUCGGAAGGAAAAAACUGUUUCCCUUGAAAAUGUUGAUGCAUGUGUGUCAUGUGUACUUAACGACCUUGUCCAGUCAUGCGUAUUUUCGAAAACCAUCACGGUGAAACAAUUUUUUCGUACGAUAAUGCGAAGAUGAAUAAAAAAGCGCUGUGGACGAGGUGGGCGGACUGCACUGAAGAUCGUACAAAAAGUACGACAGCGAGAACCGGUGACCACCUGUUUUGUCGUUGUCGGGGCAGCAGCGUUGCGACGAUUUUUUUUGAAAUUUUUCACUGACGACUAUUAACUUUCAUAUUUACUACAAAAUCAAGAACAAGAUACCAAAGCGAUAUAAGCGAGUGGAGUUUUGUGGUUGGGGAAGCUACCUUUUUGGGGUUUUCUCUGUCCAAAAUGUUAUCCUGAGUAAAAACGUACCCACACCAUAGUCAAGAUGGGGAAUCGGCUAGACAAAUCCACAAGUUUUGGCUGUUUUGCAUGACAAAUUUGGAUUCGUAGUGUAGUGCUGUUUGAGCUAGCUCAGCAGCAUCACAGAUCUAGCAUACCAUGCUGAUUGGAGCAUGACAAAUUGCAAAACACGACUAGAAAAUGCUUCUCAUGGGGCUCCGCAUGAGAAACAUUUUCAGCAUGCAGAUUUGCAUUACAACUCUGGUGUGGGUACGUUUUUACUGAGGAUAAAUGUUCCAUCCAGUUUACUCACAAUUGUACAUCAGCUAGCUAUAUCCUCUGCAAAAGUAUCGUAGUCGUAGUAAUUGCAAAUAUGCAUGACAAAUGUUUUCUUCCAGGGGUAACAGCAUUACAAAUUGCCUUUGUCUUGCUCAGCUAAUUUGUCAUGCAAUUUAUACUAGUACGAUAGUACUUUUGCAAUUCAUAAGCUACAAUGCUGCACGGCGGAGCUGCGCUGCAACUCUGUCGCGCUCGUGCAGAGCAACUCGAUACCAUGACGACAACAUCAACCACUUUUUACAGUAAACAAUAAAGCGCGACUGAAGAUGUUAUGAGUCAGAACCUUGAAGAAGAAGAUAAUUUUGCUUUAUGAAUCCUUCGAGUCGCAUUCGCAAAAGGCGCGAAGAUAGAGGACAAGAAAACUUUCUCGUAUUUUCAAAAAAUAAAGCACGGUAAAGCAACUGCUACAAAUCAUGUUGAAUCACCGAAAACGAAAAUAAAAAGUGGCACAAUUUUUAUUGUAGAACUCCUCAUCUUCUGCAGUUUAUCCGAAAAAAGAAGGUCGGCGCAAAUUUUCCUUGUAAAGAUUUGAAGAAGAGGUCGACGCAAUUUUCGGUAUUCUACUUUCAGG